GCAAUCGAGCGAGUUAAACAGGAUGAGUGUCAGACGCGACGCACGCAUCCUUUUGCCGAGGAGUUGCCGAUGUGUAGAAUCUUCGUCUCGAUGAGGGCUUUACGGCCAGUGAUAUCCCCGAGGAUUCCCCGAUUACUUUAUAGCAGCCGAGUAAUCCAAUGACACUGCUCUCUCUCUCUCUCUCUCUCUCAAGGCCCCAUUUUCUUGCGUGAAAGACCAUGGGAGCUGAAAUUCAAAGUCCUUUCUCGUAGGUCCACGAUCUCUGUUCAAAAUCACACGAAACCCUAACCCCCAGAAUAUCUCUCUAUCUCUAUAAAUUCUCAUUUGAAAUCAAAAUCCUUGGAAAUGGCUUCCCUUGUCUUUUCCACGUCUUCUUCUCUGAUCUCUCGCACUUCUCCCACCUUCGGAAGCUUUGUCUCAAACGAGUACCGAUGCCGAUUCUCUGCCCGAAACGCUCCCGUGAGAUGCCAACUGGUUGAGCCAUUGAAGUUUGAUAAUGGGAAGCCUUGCAUUCCGGUCCUUAACGAUCAAAGCUUGGCUGGGUUCUUGUCUUCGAAACAAGAAACUGUUCGAAAGAAUGACACGAGGUUGCGCAUCUUCUCAGGCACAGCGAAUCCCUUGCUUUCUCAGGAAAUUGCAUGCUACAUGGGACUUGACCUUGGGAAAAUCAAGAUAAAGCGGUUUGCUGAUGGUGAGAUUUAUGUUCAAUUGCAAGAGAGUGUAAGAGGAUGUGAUGUCUAUCUGGUUCAGCCGACAUGCCCUCCAGCAAAUGAGAAUCUCAUGGAGCUCUUGAUAAUGAUAGAUGCUUGCCGGAGAGCAUCAGCCAAAAACAUCACUGCAGUUAUUCCAUAUUUUGGAUAUGCUAGAGCUGAUAGAAAGACUCAAGGGCGUGAGUCGAUUGCAGCGAAACUUGUUGCAAACUUGAUUACAGAAGCGGGUGCCAACCGUGUCCUCGCAUGUGAUCUUCAUUCAGGCCAGUCCAUGGGGUAUUUUGACAUUCCAGUAGAUCAUGUAUAUGGGCAGCCUGUGAUUCUUGAUUACCUGGCCAGCAAGACUAUCUGUUCAAAUGAUUUGGUAGUGGUCUCUCCUGACGUGGGAGGUGUUGCUAGGGCUCGUGCCUUUGCCAAAAAAUUGUCAGACGCACCUUUGGCCAUUGUGGACAAAAGACGUCAUGGACACAAUGUCGCUGAGGUCAUGAAUUUGAUAGGGGAUGUUCGAGGAAAAGUUGCUGUCAUGGUGGAUGACAUGAUUGACACAGCUGGUACUAUUGCAAAAGGUGCUGCUUUAUUACAUCAGGAGGGAGCCAGGGAAGUCUAUGCUUGCAGCACACAUGCUGUCUUUAGCCCUCCUGCAAUUGAGAGACUGUCUAGUGGCCUAUUUCAAGAAGUCAUCAUCACAAACACCAUCCCUGUGUUGGAGCAGAAUUAUUUCCCUCAGCUUACGGUUCUGUCGGUAGCAAACCUAUUGGGCGAGACCAUUUGGCGUGUUCAUGAUGACUGCUCUGGUACCUUUGAACCCUAUUCCAGCUUGGGCAUUGAUUGAAUCUCUUUGGUGGUGGAAACUCUUUAAGUACUUGAGACUGUGUUCCCUAUCUUCUUCCUCUCAGCUCUCUCUUGAUCUAGCAUAUACGGAAACAUGGCCAUUUUGAUUGCAGUAAUUUCAGCCUAGAGGAGACAUGCAAUUUCUGUUUCUUUUCUCUUUUAUAUUAGAUUUUUUUUUCUUUUUUCUUUUCGCUCCUCUUUUCCCUUUUUCUUUGGAUAAUUGGGAACUUAGGGGGUGAGAUCACUUACUGUUAGAGCAAUUGGGCUUCCUCUUAUAUCUUCUUUUGUUAUCCAAUUUCAUAGACACUUACAUAUAACAUGUGUGGAUACUCUAUGAUCUUAGUGAAAAAUUAAAAUGUAAGGCAAACUCACUUGAUCGGCAGAUGCUAUAUAUAGGCUUUCUUGGUUUAUAGGCAA